AUGGAUGCAAGCAAUCUGCUGAAGCCUCUGCUAGCGCGGGGCGAGCUUCGCUGCGUCGGCGCGACCACCUUGGACGAAUACCGCCAGUAUAUCGAGAAGGACGCAGCCUUGGAGCGGCGCUUCCAGCAAGUCCUGGUGCAGGAGCCUAAAGUCCCCGACUGCGUGAGCAUCCUAAGAGGCCUCAAGCCCCGCUAUGAGCUGCACCACGGUGUUCGGAUUUCCGACCGUGCUGUAGUGGCCGCAGCCGUGCUGGCCGACCGGUACAUCACGGAUCGCUUCCUGCCGGACAAGGCCAUCGACCUCAUGGACGAAGCGUCUGCCAAGGUCAAGAUGGAGGUGACCUCGAAACCUGCAGAGCUGGAACGCUUGGAUCGCAAAAUCCUCCAGCUUGAGAUGGAACGUCUCAGCGUGGGGGAUGACAAGGACAGUCAGUCCGUGGCUCGUUUGAACGACAUCGAGGAAGAGUUAUCCAGGCUCCGCUCCGAGCAGGGUGAGAGGGAGGAAAAGUGGAAAGAGGAACGUGAGUCGAUCAACUCAUUGCAAGACCUCCGUCAGAAGAUCGAGGACUUGGAGCGCGCGCUUGCAGAAGCAGAGCGUGAGAUGAACUUGCAGCGAGCGGGCGAAAUCAAGUAUGGCGAGCUGGCACCACUAAAGAAGCAGCUCGAGGAAAGAGAAGCCGAAGCCGCAGAGAAGGAAGAGGACAGUGCCGAGCUAGUCAACGAGCGCGACAUCCAGGAGAUUGUUUCCAUGCAAACAGGCAUUCCUGUCGAGAAGAUGUCCAUGGGAGACCGCCAAAGGCUCCUCAACUUGGAGGAACAGCUCCACAAGCGUCUCAUAGGCCAGGAUGAUGCGGUGAAGGCGCUCGCAGAAGCGAUCCAGCGCUCGCGUUAUGGAUUGGCAGAUCCGAAUCGGCCAAUUGCCUCCUGCCUCUUCCUUGGCCCUACGGGUGUUGGCAAGACAGAGCUCGCCAAAGCUCUGGCUGAGUGGCUGUUUGAUUCCGAGGAGUCCAUGAUCCGGGUU